AUGACUGGAGAUCCCUGUGUUACAUUUAAACUUAAAAACCAUAAUUUGUUUUCAAAAUCAUUGUAUUCUUUCUUGAAGGAUAUUACAAUUAGAUUCCAUAAAAUUAUUGGAAAUAAAAAGGAAGAAUGUGGAACUAACUUACAGAUAUUCAAAAACUUAGAUUCUGCAGACAUUUUCAAGGAAACAUUUGAAAACAUAACAUUGAUCGAUUUUAAAAAUACAGAUGAAAAAGCACAACGUCCGAAAAAAUUUUGCUCAAACGAUGCAAAAUGCAACGAUUCCGUGGAUCAUAUUAACGUUUAACAGGAUAUACUACCAUUUUUAUUAUGUGAAUUAUCGAUGUAAAAU